AUGGCCCGCACCAAGAUGGCCUCGCGCGUUCACCGCGCCGCGACCCAGCUCCUCGAGACGAAGCGCAUGAAGGUGCCACCGCCGUGGUACGAUGUCGUCGCCGAUGUGCCGCCUGCGCAACAGCUCGUCCGCCCGCUCCAGCGUACCUACAAUGUAAAAGACCUGCGAAAGAACGUCCGCAAGCCGUCCCGCAUGUUCCAGCCCCAGAAGCUCGCCUACCAGGAGGACGACCUGCGGAAAGACUUCUUCAAGGACCACCCGUGGGAGCUGGCCCGGCCGAGGGUGAUACUCGAGAAUGACGGUGCGGACGGCAAGAGAUGGGAUUGGAGCAAGAUCGUGCAGCCGGGAAAGAAGCUGGACGGCGAGAGCGUUGUUCAACGCCAACUCUGGCUCAUGAAACAUGAAAAGCUAGAUAGGCCCACGGCCUAUGACCGAGCCCGCAAAGAGUUCUACGACUACCGGCACUUCGAGGCCAUUGAGCAGCGCCUCGCCAAGGAGGAGGCGCUGGCUGUGGGCGCGUACUUUGGCCUGGGCCCGCUCGAGGUGGGUAUGGAGCUCGAGAACCAGGCCUUCGAGGAAUGGAAGACCUGGGCGCUCAACGAGAUCGAGCUCCAACGCCAGGCGCAGGCCGCUAUGUACAGCGGUGCCGAGUCGGGGGCCGUGCUGGAAGAAGGCGACCCUGCUCUCUCGGAUGCCGCCGAGGAGGUCGAAGAGAGCAUACCAGCGACAAGCGACGGGCAGGAGGCCCACCCGUGA